AUGACCCCUUUAUCUGACCUCCUACUUUCGAUAGUGCCGGCGGACUCUAUCCCCGCUCAUCUCAAAUCAUACAUUCCAGGCGUCUCGCCCUUCUCUACCUGGCCAGUGGUAUCAACUGUCAUUGUCUCCUAUCUCGUUUUCAUCUUUGCGGCACGCGAGUUCAUGAAAGAUCUGCCUUCGUUCAAACUACAGACGCUCUUCAGAUUUCAUAAUGCAUUGCUCAGCACCGGCAGUCUUGUUCUUCUGUUAUUGAUAAUGGAAGAGGUGGCUUCGGUACGGAUGAACGUUGGAACUUACGAUUCGAUGUGCGCACCAUCGUCCUGGACUGAUAGACUAGAGCUCUACUACAUUGUCAAUUACUACUUCAAGUACUAUGAGCUCCUCGACACGUUAUUUUUAGUCUUGAAGAAGAAGCCUCUCACAGCCUUUUUGCACGUCUUUCAUCAUGCCUCAACUGCAUUACUGUGUUUUUCUUGGACCGUUAUCUCCAUCAACCUUCUGGUCCACGUUGUGAUGUACUAUUACUACUACGCAACUGCAGGAGGUGCUAAAUUCUGGUGGAAGAAAUACCUCACAAUCAUGCAAAUCAUGCAAAUUAUCAUCGACCUCUUCUUAUUUUAUUUCGGUCUGUACCAGCAUUACGUCUAUAAGUAUUUCCCUGCACUUCCGCACUUCGGUGAUUGCUCUGGCAGCGAGUCAGCAGCGCUCUUUGGUUGCGCUCUUCUCACAGGUUAUUUGUUGCUCUUCCUCGAUUUUUAUAUGGGCACAUACCUUAAAACAUCUUCCUCUAAGGCGAAAGCAAACGGAGUUAGCCAGACCGUAGUCUCAAAUGGAAAUAGCCACACAGCACUAUUCCCUGCAGUAUGA